AUGUCUGCUGUUGAAAAUAAACAAAAAUUAAUUCAACAAUUACGUACUGAAGCAAAUAUUGAUCGUAUUAAACUUUCAACUGCGUGUAAAGAUUUAAUUAAAUUUUGUCAAGAUCAUGAAAAUGGUGAUGUCUUAGUUACUGGCUGGGAAAAAUUUCAUAUUGAUAAUCCAUAUAAAGAUAAAAAUAGAUGUGUUCCAUUAUAA